AGACUCGCUCAGCUCACACAGCCCCUGACUCGAUUAGAGUAACACAGUGCGGGGAUCUAAGCAGGAGGGACGUCGGGUUCGCCAGCUCCGCCGCGUGCGUGUGUGUGUAUGUGAAUGCGUGUGGACUGCACCAUCCUUCCCAGUACCCUCAUUCAGCCAUGCUUUGAAAGCAUACAUCUCUAAAAAUAUAUAUUUAAUUUUUUAAUCACUUCAAGCAUUCUGAAGAGUGUGAAAGAAAACUGACUUCGGCUAUGGCUUUGGUUAUGGAACCUAUUAGCAAAUGGACACCCAAGCAAGUGUUAGACUGGAUGAAAGGGCUUGAUGACUGUCUGCAACAGUAUAUCAAGAAUUUUGAACGGGAGAAGAUCAACGGAGAGCAGCUCCUGCACAUUACUCACCAGGAACUGGAGGAACUAGGAGUGACUCGAAUUGGCCAUCAGGAGCUCAUACUGGAAGCUGUGGAUUUACUCUGUGCACUGAAUUAUGGCCUUGAGACCGAAAACCUGAGAACUCUUUCCCAUAAACUCAAUGCCUCAGCCAAGAACCUGCAGAAUUUCAUUACAGGAAGGAGGAGAAGUGGUCACUAUGAUGGCAGGGCCUCCAGACGGCUACCUAAUGACUUCCUGACCUCAGUCGUUGACCUCAUUGGUGCUGCCAAGAACCUUCUAGCCUGGCUAGACCGGUCUCCAUUUGUCAGCGUCACUGAGUAUUCAUUGCUGAAGAACAAUAUCGUUCAACUGUGCCUGGAAUUAACAACCAUAGUACAACAGGAUUGUACUGUGUAUGAAACAGAAAACAAGAUCCUGCAUGUGUGUAAAACGUUGUCUGGAAUCUGUGACCACAUCAUCUCCCUCUCCUCUGACUCGCUCGUUUCACAGUCUGCUCAUCUGGAAGUUGUCCAUCUUUCCAACAUCAUGCCCAGUGAAGGCCUGGGAAUGUACAUCAAAUCCACUUAUGACGGCCUUCAUGUGAUCACAGGAACCACCGAAAACUCACCUGCUGACCAGUGCAAGAAGAUACACGCUGGUGAUGAGGUAAUCCAAGUGAACCACCAAACUGUGCCUCUCCCAACAAGUCCAACCAGCUGUUCAACCACACCAACCAGCACAAUGGGUGUCACUUCAAAAGUGGAUGGCUCCAACAUGCACGAUGUCUUCAUUCUCUCUCCUGUCUCUGGGAUAUAUGGACCAAGGGAAGAGAUGGGCAUGAUGUCAUGUGAUGACAUUACAAAGUACAAUAUGGGGAAAUCUGGAAUGAAGGGAUCUGAAUCACCUAGUUACUUCCUGGACCACGAAAGUGGGAAGUACUAUACUCUUGUGGAAGGUGAAGGCAUCCCUUUGGGACCUGAAUAUGAGCGAGGAAGGUCAACAGGUGUGCGCAGACGGGAGAAGACACCAACACAUGGUACGGCAGGUGACCUCAGGCCAGUAUCCAUGCCAACAGACUAUAGCUGGAUGGGAGAGACGAAGGAGCCCAAUAUGUAUAAAAGGGGAAGCAGAGACUCUGAGAACUCCCUUCUUCGGUAUCUGAGUGAUGACAAGAUUUUAGUUAUUCAAGAAGAACCUGAGACACAGAGGGAGAGCAAGAGGGACACUGGUCGGCGGUCUAGAAAGAAGGGUAAAAACCCGAGCAGUCCAAGUUAUCCCAUCAGCCCUUGUCUCUUGACAUCCACAGUGCGGCUGGACUCAUCACCGCAGGAAGUGAUGUCCUUCCCGCUUCCUGAGAGUAACACGGUUCCUCUGUAUCAUAGGGCUGGGGACACCCUGCGUGGCGACUGUGAUCGAUAUGCUAGUUCUGGCAUAGACAGACAAGGAGUCACAUCCAUGAGGAAGUCAUUUCAUUACGCCUCACUAAGAACUAAAACCAAAAAGAGAACCAAAGGCUCUCUGACCAGCGGUAGCCGGCGGAGGAUCUCUUGCAAAGAUUUGGGCCAUGGUGACUGUGAAGGAUGGCUGUGGAAAAAGAAAGAUGCCAAGGGCUACUUUACUCAAAAGUGGAAGAAGUAUUGGUUUAUCCUGAAAGAUUCAUCCCUGUACUGGUACACAAAUCAAAAUGAUGAGAAGGCAGAAGGUUUUAUCAGCCUCCCAGAGUUCAGGAUAGACAGAGCCAUUGAAUGCCGAAGGAAAUUUGCCUUUAAAGCCUGCCACCCAAAAAUCAAAAGUUUCUUUUUUGCCACGGAUUGCUUAGAAGAAAUGAACAGGUGGAUGAAUCGGCUUGGCCUAGCAGCAAUUGGAUACACGCCAGAUGACAAAGUUACCCGACCUGAUGAAGAUUAUUGGAGCGAAAGUGACCAGGAUGAAAUUGAUGGUUCCUUAACCCUGAAACAAGAGGGCCCUUCAUCAAUGUGUGAUACAUAUCAUCGAACCCCCUCGGUCAAUUCCUCUAGUCCAUUUCCAGAGACGAAACAUGGUCGACAUUUUUCAAGUGAAUCAACCUACUCUCAUUCUUCAGCAGAAGACUCUCGACAGGAUGCCACUGGCAGUACUCACUCUUCAGGAUGUCGCCCUGCAUACCGUGAACGACGUUCCUGGCAAGAUCUCAUUGAGACACCCCUCACUAGUUCAGGACUGCAUUUCCUACAGACAGUACCUUCUGAUCCUGAGUAUGCAGGUGGAAGGCUGGGCAUGUCUCCAGAACGGCGGAGACAAGCAACUUUGCCAGUACAGCGGCGUCACCAUACAGAUCGAGAUGGACCUUUCCCAUUGGUAGAAUGUGAGCGAGGCCUUAACCCUCACAGGCGGGCACACAAACAGCGCAGUCAAAGUCUUCCUCGUAACCGGGAUGUAAGAGGAAAGGGCAACCUGCACCCAGGAGGACUUUCUGAAGAAAAAUCAGAAGAUGACGAAGUACAUUUUCGUAAACAUAAUGGUUCUUGCCAAGAAGGUUUCAGGGAGGAGGAAAAGGGCAGAGAGAGCUGUGAUGGUCUACAAGAGCUGUAUAAAACAUUAGAACAAGCCAGCCUUUCUGCUUUUGGGGAGCAAAGGCCAUCAACUAAGCAGGAAUUUCGGCGUUCUUUCAUCAAGAGGUGCAACGACCCAGUCAUCAAUGAGAAGCUCCACUUGAUAAGGGCUCUUCGUAGUACCCUGAAGGCAAAAGAAGGAGACUUAUGUAUCAUCAACCAAGUGCUAGAUGACCCUAACCUUAAUUCAAAGAAGUUCAGGGAAUGGAAGCAGAGACACCACGAGCUGUUUAUGGACAUUUGUGAGUUCAGCUCAGGACCCAUUAAGCCUCAGAAUGGAGCAGCUGAACUGGCAAACCUAGUUCCUCUCAUGACUCACACCCAUUCUUUCAUAGAGACCCAUGUGUGAAACAAUGAGAUGACAGGUCUGGGCUUCUAAAAUCACUGUGGUGGUGCCAGGCUCACGGCCAGUUCCUGGAGAACUCAGUCAAAUAGACAUUUUAUCUUUUUGUUUGCAGACCCAGCAGACCAAGAAACUAACCAACCACUGUAAUAUUUGUACAUAAUGUAUUUAAAAAGUUAUUCUGUAAAUAAGUUGGAUAUAAAAAGAGAAUAGUGCCACAGGAUGCCUAAUACAUGCAUGAAGAGAAAGUAUUAUUCUUUUGUUUUCUUCUUAAACAGCGAAAAAUGGAAAUAUUUUAGUUCUGCUGUUGUGGAGCACUGUGUGCAUUUAUUAUUUUUUUUAUUGUUAUUUUUAUUUAUUAACACUUUUGUUUGCAUAGAAAAGAGGGAGCAAUGUAGCAGCAAUAGUGACAUGGAU